GGGUCGCCGCGCCGCGCCGCGACCUGCAGACCCGCCGCCGCGCUCCGGCCCGGCUCCCACGCCCCCGCCGCCCCGCGCACCCAACUCCGCCGGCCGCCCCGCCCCGCCCCGCGCGCUCGCAGACCCCCGGGGCGGCUGCCGGGAGAGAUGCUGCAAGAAACUUCUUAAAUGACCGCGUCCGGCUGGCCGUGGAGCGCUUCUGGGUUGGGGAGAGGAAAGGAAAGUGGAAAAAAACUGAGAACUUCCUGAUCUCUCUCGCUGUGAGACAUGUCUGAGACUCCUGCUCAGUGUAGCAUUAAGGAACGAAUUUCAUAUACACCUCCCGAGAGCCCAGUGCCGAGUUACGCUUCCUCGACUCCACUUCAUGUUCCAGUGCCCCGAGCGCUCAGGAUGGAGGACGACUCGAUCCGUCUGCCCGCGCACCUGCGCUUGCAGCCAAUUUACUGGAGCAGGGAUGACGUAGCCCAGUGGCUCAAGUGGGCUGAAAAUGAGUUUUCUUUAAGGCCAAUUGACAGCAACACGUUUGAAAUGAAUGGCAAAGCUCUCCUGCUGCUGACCAAAGAGGACUUUCGCUAUCGAUCUCCUCAUUCAGGUGAUGUGCUCUAUGAACUCCUUCAGCAUAUUCUGAAGCAGAGAAAACCUCGGAUUCUUUUUUCACCGUUCUUCCAUCCCGGAAACUCUAUACACACACAGCCAGAAGUCAUCCUGCAUCAGAACCAUGAAGAAGAUAAUUGUGUCCAGAGGACCCCAAGGCCACCAGUGGAGAACGUGCACCACAACCCCCCCACCAUUGAACUGUUGCACCGGUCUCGAUCACCUGUCACAGCCAAUCACCGGCCUUCUCCCGACCCCGAGCAGCGGCCCCUCCGGUCCCCCCUGGACAACAUGAUCCGCCGCCUCUCCCCGGCCGAGAGGGCCCAGGGGCCGAGGCUCCACCAGGAGAACAACCACCAGGAGUCCUACCCCCUGUCAGUGUCUCCCAUGGAGAAUAACCACUGCCCACCGUCCUCUGAGCCCCACCAGAAGCCAUCGAGCCCCCGGCAGGAGAGCACCCGCGUGAUCCAGCUGAUGCCCAGUCCCAUCAUGCACCCUUUGAUCCUGAACCCCCGGCACUCCGUGGAUUUCAAACAGUCCAGGCUCUCCGAGGACGGGCUGCAUAGGGAAGGGAAGCCCAUCAACCUCUCCCAUCGGGAAGACCUGGCGUACAUGAACCACAUCAUGGUGUCUGUCUCCCCACCCGAGGAGCACGCCAUGCCCAUUGGGAGAAUAGCAGACUGUAGACUGCUUUGGGAUUACGUCUAUCAGUUGCUUUCUGACAGCCGGUACGAAAACUUCAUCCGAUGGGAGGACAAAGAAUCCAAAAUAUUCCGGAUAGUGGAUCCCAAUGGACUGGCUCGACUAUGGGGAAACCAUAAGAACAGAACAAACAUGACCUAUGAGAAAAUGUCCAGAGCCCUGCGCCACUACUACAAACUAAACAUUAUCAGGAAGGAGCCAGGACAAAGGCUUUUGUUCAGGUUUAUGAAAACCCCCGAUGAAAUCAUGAGUGGCCGAACGGACCGUCUGGAGCACCUUGAGUCCCAGGAGCUGGAUGAACAAAUAUACCAAGAAGAUGAGUGCUGAGGGAACCAAGCCACGGCCUCUGCAGGGGGGUCGGCAGCCAGGGGCCCCCUGCCCAUGAGGGCCCUGGAGGCGUGGCGAGCAGGCGGACUGCAAGCUGAACCGGAAGAGACCUGGAAGUGGGAGUGACACUUGUCUCACAUAGUGGGAGGGCCCCCAGAGCACCUUAGACAAACCACCCAGCAAAGGCGGGGCUGGAAUUCUGGCCGAGGGCACGAGCCUGGGACUCCUGGUUCCGUUUCCUCCUCUUGUGGAACCUCUCCAUCUGUAAUUCCUCACCCUCACCCAUCCACCUAUUGUUAGUUUCAUGGUGUUUUCGUUUUUGGUUUUUUUUUUUUUGGUUUUUUUUUUUUUAAGACCAUGCAGUUUGACUUUUCAUCAUUCAUACAGGGGAAGACAUCCGAGGUUGUUUUCCUAUGGAAAUAUAUAUCUAUUAUAUAUAUCUAUUUUUUGCAAAUCUCACAAAGUGUGGCAAGCCCAGCUGGUCAGGAAAGAGAACACUUGCAAAGGGUUUCAGGUUCCUCUUUAUCCUGCCAUGUGGAUCAGGGUCCAACUCUGAAUACAUUUUUGAAACGUUCACUCCCUUCUGCAGAAGGGAGACCUGAGUGUCCAGGAGGUAGGAUGAUGCCCCGGGAGCCGACGGCAUGCCAGGGAGAGUGAGGUGUGGAAUCCAGCCCAGCCAUACCUCCAUUUGACCCAUUCCCACCCAGGAAGCUGAAGAUAAAAGAUUUGGGGCAAUACCCAAAAACAAAGGGCAGGUUUUUUUGCCCUAGCGUUCGGUGCUAGUAAGUUUUUAUCCACUCAACCUGCUCCUCUUCUGAGCAGAAGUCUGGAAGGAAGGCAGUGAUCUAAGGAAGCCGUGGGGGGAGGGGUAUGAUAAUUCCUGCCUGUCUAAAAACCACAGAAGACUAACCUGAUACUCCUUUGGCCCCAUCUGCAUCAACACUAAACAACUACAAACUCCCCAAAUCUUUCACACACGCCAAGUGAACAUUCUCGAAGAUUUCUCUUUGUGACUGCAACCACCUGCAAAACAGAAUGAAUCUAGAGUUUCUUUUCCUUUUUUCUUUUUGUUUAAUUUCUAAUCUCUUGUUGUUUAUGAGGUGUGGGGUUUAUAAGGGACUGAAUCAAAUGAAUGUAACAAAAAAGAAAAACAAAAAAUGCCUUUUCUCAGGGCCAGUGAGUUGCAAAUAAUUUUUAAAGAAAAGCCUAUAAUUGCAUCAUCUCAAUAAAUUUUUUAUAAAAAAAAGGA